AUGGAGCUGUGCGGGGAGGAGGAGAGGUGCCCGCGGCAGCUCGCAUCGUUGGAGGAAGAGGGUUCGCAACCGGCGGUGACCAUCAGAUCUGGCCCGCUCUCCAACGCCGUCGCCUGCCCGCUCCCGCGCUGUCGCCUGCUCUCCGCCACCGGCACUCCUAGAUCUCGCCCGCUCUCCGCUGCCGUCGCUGCCGCCGCUCGCUCGCUCUCCACCAGCGGCGCUCCCGCCGCUCGCCCGCUCCCAUGCUGUCGCCCGCUCUCCGGCGCCGGCGCUCCUAGAUCUCGCCCGCUCCCCACCGCUCGCCCGCUCCCACGCUCUCGCUCGGUCUCCGCCACCGUCGCUCCCUCCACUCGCCCGCUCUCUGCCGCCGUCGCUCCGAAAUCUCCCCCACUCCCGCCCCCUCGACCGCACUCCGCCGCCGUCGUCGCUCCCAAAUCUCAGCCGCUCUCCGCCGCCGGCGGUCCCUCGUGCUCCGUCCGUGGCAACCACCUCCCUGCGUCGGGCAAGUAG